UCCGCCCUUCCCACCUCCUUCUCAAAAGAAUCAUAUGGAGUUUGCGUUUCCGCAGCCAGGACAGCGCCCUAACGCAGGAGCCGCCGAGUUGGGGCGAAAGAAGGGGUUGCGCGUGCGCAGUGGCGAUGGCUGCCCUUCCGGUGCGCCCCGCGCGGAGAGGCGGCACAGACGUAGGCACGCACACACGCACGCACGCUUUCUUUUACUCGCGCCGCCGCAGCAGCUCCCGCUUACUCCAGCGGCGCCGUUCACUUUAUCGAGAUGCUGCGGGCCUGUCAGUUAUCCAGCGUGACCGCCGCCGCGCAGAAUUGUCUCUGUGGGAAGUUUGUCCUCCGUCCGUUGCGACCAUGCCGUAGAUACUCUACUUCAGGCAGUUCUGGGUUGACUACUGGCAAAAUUGCUGGAGCUGGCCUUUUGUUUGUUGGUGGAGGUAUUGGUGGCACUAUCCUAUAUGCCAAAUGGGAUUCCCAUUUCCGGGAAAGUGUAGAGAAAACCAUACCUUACUCAGACAAACUCUUCGAAGUGGUUCUUGGUUCUGCACCUUAUAAUGUUCCAUUGCCAAAGAAGCCGAUUCAGUCUGCUCCACUAAAAAUCUCUAGUGUAUCAGAAGUAAUGAAAGAAUCUAAACAACCUGCCUCACAACUCCAAAAACAAAAGGGAGAUACUCCAGCUUCGUCAACAGCACCAACAGAGGCAGCUCAAAUUAUUUCUGCAGCAGAUGAUACACCAUCAAUCCCAGCCCCUGCUGUUCAGCAUGAAGAAGCUAUAAAAACUGAUCACCGUGAAACUGGUGAAGGAAAACCUACGCCUGCACUUUCAGAGGAAGCAUCCUCAUCUUCUGUAAGGGAGCGACCACCUGAAGAAGUUGCAGCUCGCCUUGCACAACAGGAAAAACAAGAACAAGUUAAACUUGAGUCUCUAGCCAAGAGCUUAGAAGAUGCUCUGAGCCAAACUGGUAGCAUCACUCUGCAGGCUAUUGCAGCUCAGAAUGCUGCAGUCCAGGCCGUCAACGCACACUCCAACAUACUGAAAGCAGCCAUGGACAAUUCUGAGAUUGCAGGUGAAAAGAAGUCUGCUCAGUGGCGCACAGUAGAGGGUGCACUGAAGGAACGCAGAAAGGCAGUAGACGAAGCUGCCGAUGCCCUUCUCAAAGCCAAAGAAGAGUUAGAGAAGAUGAAAAGUGUGAUUGAAAAUGCAAAGAAAAAAGAGGUUGCUGGGGCUAAACCUCAUAUAACUGCUGCAGAGGGGAAACUUCACAACAUGAUAGUUGAUCUGGAUAAUGUGGUCAAAAAGGUCCAAGCAGCUCAGUCUGAGGCUAAGGUCGUAUCUCAGUAUCAUGAGCUGGUGGUCCAAGCCCGGGAUGACUUUAAACGAGAACUGGACAGUAUUACUCCAGAAGUCCUUCCUGGAUGGAAAGGAAUGAGUGUUUCUGACCUAGCUGACAAGCUCUCUACUGACGAUCUGAACUCCCUGAUUGCUCAUGCACAUCGUCGCAUUGAUCAGCUAAACAGAGAGCUAGCAGAGCAGAAGGCCACAGAGAAGCAACAUAUCACAUUAGCCUUGGAAAAACAAAAGCUGGAAGAAAAGCGGGCAUUUGAUUCUGCAGUGGCAAAAGCAUUAGAACAUCACAGAAGUGAAAUACAAGCUGAACAAGAUAGAAAGGUAGAGGAAGUCAGAGAUGCCAUGGAGAAUGAAAUGAGAACCCAGCUUCGCCGGCAGGCAGCUGCCCACACUGAUCACUUACGAGAUGUCCUUAGGGUACAAGAACAGGAACUGAAGUAUGAAUUUGAGCAGGACCUGGCUGAGAAACUAUCUGAACAAGAAUUACAGUUUCGUCGUCUCAGUCAAGAGCAAGUUGACAACUUUACUCUGGAUAUAAACACUGCCUAUGCCAGACUGAGAGGAAUUGAACAGGCUGUUCAGAGUCAUGCAGUUGCCGAAGAGGAAGCCCGAAAAGCCCACCAACUCUGGCUUUCAGUGGAGGCUUUAAAGUACAGCAUGAAGACCUCAUCUGCAGAUAUGCCCACUGUUCCACUGGGUAGUGCAGUUGAGGCCAUCAGAGUCAACUGUUCUGAUAAUGAAUUUACCCAAGCUUUAACUGCAGCUAUCCCUCCAGAGUCCCUGACCCGUGGGGUAUACAGUGAAGAGACCCUUAGAGCCCGUUUCUAUGUGGUCCAAAAACUGGCCCGAAGGGUAGCAAUGAUCGAUGAAACCAGGAAUAGCUUGUACCAAUACUUCCUCUCCUACUUGCAGUCCCUCCUUCUAUUCCCAGCUCAGCAACUGAAGCCACCAGAGGAGCUCUCCCCUGAGGAUAUAAACACAUUUAAAUUAUUGUCCUACGCCUCCUAUUGUAUUGAGCAUGGUGAUCUGGAGCUGGCAGCAAAGUUUGUCAAUCAGCUAAAAGGGGAGUCCAGACGAGUGACACAGGACUGGCUGAAGGAAGCUCGAAUGACCCUAGAAACUAAACAGAUAGUGGAAAUCCUGACAGCGUAUGCCAGCGCUGUAGGAAUAGGAACCACUCAAGUACAGCAAGAGUAAGGUCUAGGGAAGAAUUUUGUAAAGUCAUAUUUCAUGUCAAAGAAAAUCAGCAGGGUUUGCAACAAGGGUCCCAGAAUUGUCCAGAAAUGAGCAGGUUACAAGUACUGUUCUAAAUGUUAACACCUGUUGCAUUUAUAUUCUUUCCACUUGCUAUCAUGUCAGUGAACUCCAAAAGUGCUUUCUUUGCAACUUGUGUAACAUUUUCUGUUUUUCAGGUUUUACUGAUCAGGCUUGUGAGGCCAAUCAAAAUAAUGUUUGUGAUCCGAUCCCUACUACUAUUGAUUCUGCCCUUGGAGCAAACUGAAUAAAGCAACAAGAUGAAAACU